UGACGGGACACGAGUACGCUGCGUCACUGUCUAGGAUUAGCAUCGUGUUGUGGAAUGUGCUUGCGGCAGGAACGACCUUCUCUGCAACCUUCAAUGAUGAGCAACACCAUGACGCCAGCACUAGAUCCGGGUGAAGAGCAUGCGAAGUUCGUUAAAUGGGCCAAGGGUAAAGGUGUCACCAUAGAUGGCAUUGCGCCGGCCAGAUUUGUGGACCGUGGCAUGGGUAUUGUUGCAGCACGCAACCUUGAAAAAGGAGAUUGCUUAGUGCAUGUGAAGAACACAUCGCUUGUUCAUGUUGCAUUGCCAUCCGUCAAGGCGCUCAGGCUACCCGAUAACGUUACCGUACAUGGCAAACUUGCAGCUUCCCUGGCGCUAUGGUAUUCAGACCCAGCGCACGAUGAGCACGCCCUCUGGCAAGCUGUAUGGCCUACAGAAGAAGACUUCCGGAAUACGAUGCCCAUAUACUACAACAAAAAGCUACAGGACCUCCUUCCUAUCGCCGCCUCGACGCUACUGACAAGCCAACUCACCAAACUCGAUAAAGACUGGGUCGACUUCAGACCUCAUCUCCCAUCAAUAUCAAAAGAUCUCUACACGUACACAUGGCUCAUCGUUAACACAAGAACAUUCUACUGGGACUAUCCGGAUAUGCAAAACUCACAUCCUCGACUCCCAAAGCGUAAGAACAAGCUGACAGGAGACGAUUGCUAUGCCAUGUGUCCAUUUAUGGACUACUUCAACCAUAGCGACCUUGGAUGUGACCCGCAAGCCAACAGCAAGGGAUAUAGCGUGAUAGCAGAUAGAGCGUACAAGGCAGGCGAGGAAGUCUUUGUCAGCUAUGGCGCACACACGAACGAUUUCCUGCUCGCAGAGUACGGGUUCAUUUUGGAGAGCAACAAACGCGACGCGAUUCCUCUGGAUCACCUGAUCAUACCGCUACUGGAUGGAGAUCAGACAAAUGCGCUAAAGGAAGACGGCUUCUAUGGCAACUACACACUCUUCGCUCCUGGCGCAGAGGAGACAAUUUGUCAUCGUACGCAAGCAGUUCUCAGGCUGCUUGUGCUGGACUCGAAGAGGUACUCCUCUUUUGUUGGGGGCAAUGAUGAUGGAGAAAGAGAACAGGGGAAACUGUACGGAUAUCUAGUAGGCUUGUUGACGAAGUACUCGAGACUAGUCAUGGACAUCCUGGAGGAAGUCGACGGUUUGAAGGUCGAUGUGGGGCCAGAAAGCAGCAGAAGGAAGACAAGGAGCAGCGAUACUGAACCAAGCUUACGAGCAGGUCAGAAAGACACUUUGACAAAGAGAUGGAAACAAAUCAGAGACAUCGUCAACGGAGCAAUCGACCAGUUGCAAGAGUAGUAUUUCAACGAGAUAGCUACGCAGUCACAUCUACGCGGCGUUCAUUCUGCCAGGCCUUGCCAUUGUGGCUCGAAAGAAGUGGCUUCUUUUCAGCUCAUAAAUCGAAGGUCGAAUUUGAGAGUCGA